CGUCACAUUGUUUUUGUUAUUUCACAUAAAGAGAAUAAUGCUUGCUGCCUUUUUGUCCUUAAUUUAUUUCGCCCCACCGAGCAGAGUGUCUGAAGAAGAAUGCGACGACUCCCGUUUUACUUAUAUCAUAAAACUUAUGACUUACGAACGCCUUUGUUUUGGUACAACGAAAAAUAGAGAAACUGGUUUCAUAGGCAAAGGCUUAUCCCCUCAGCAGAAGAGACUAAUGCCCGAAAAUAAUCCUCGCACAGGACCAGGAUGUUACAAUACAGAAAAAAUUGGAUCAGCCUUUCACAAAGUUCUCAGUAAGAAAAGAAGUAUCAAAGGAAGCUCCGGUUUAGCAAGCCAAGAAAAAAGAAUUAUGACUACAAAGAGCCAGCAGACCCCUUCACCAAUGGCCUAUCAGCCUGUCUCACGUAGAUUUGUUGUUAAAAAGUCAGCUAAACCAUUUGGAACAGGUGCUAAAAUAAGGGAGAUAAAACUUCCUAAUAUACCAGGGCCUGCCGAUUAUAACCUUCAAAACAUUUCUUUGUGUCACAGAUCGAACUUUCAGUCUAACUUUGGAAGUCCAACUAGAAGUGCUUGUGUAAAGACUAUUUGUGUAGUAGAACCAACAGAUACUUGCCAUUUGUGUAAUAAAAUAUGUGGUGGAGAAUACUGGCACCAAAAUUAUACGAAGUUCUUAUGCCAGUCUUGUUUUAUGAUAGAGCUGGCUACAAACGAAUUUUAUUCUUUGGAUGAACUAAAGCAAUUAACCAAAAUUAGAAAUUGUUCGUUUAUGCAUCAACACGAAAAAACCACAGCUGCUUUAACGUUGUUACCUCGAAACAAGCUUAAGAAGAAAUUAGAUAUUGAAAAUUAUUUGGAAUCCUACAUCAAAUGCUUUUAACAAUUCUGUAUAUAUCAAAAGUAAAUAUAUUUUCAUACUUA